GCAGAAGCAGGAGCAGCAUCAGGAGGGGAGAGGGAGCCGGAGGAGAGGGGCAGUGGGACAGUGGGACAGGCAGAGGGAAGGACAGUGACACAGGACUAACACCGGCGCAAGGGAAUUAUUGUACAUCACUAGAGGAGCAUAAGGGAACAAGAGCUGAAGGAUCAGUAGCACCCACCUCCCAGCACCCACCUCCAUGCCCACUGAUGGCUCCGACUCUCCUGCUCAUGUUGCUGGUGCCAUUGGGGUCGGGGCUGGAGUUAGUGAGCAAGUUCCACUCUCCGCAACUGACUAAUAACUUUGCGCUGAGCGGCGGGGAGGGGCUGCUGUACCUGGCGGCGGUGAAUCGCCUCUAUCAGCUCAACUGGGAGCUGCGGCCGGAGCUGGAGGAUGUGACUGGUCCUGUGUCGGACUCCCCGCUGUGUCACGCUCCCCAACUGAGAGAAACCACCUGUGACUUCCCCCGGAGCCCAACCCCGAACUACAAUAAACUGCUGUUACCUGACCCGGAGCAGGGGCUGCUACUGACCUGCGGAUCUGUCUAUCAGGGGCUGUGCGAGUUGCGCGCCCUGCGGAACAUAACGCUCCGCGCAGUGCCCUUCCCUGUGGAUAACGCGGUGCCCAGUAUGCUCAAUGUCGCUGCUAAUCACCCGAACGCUUCCACCGUAGGACUGCUGCUCCGGGGCCCAGGUGGGGACACCAAGUUGCUGGUGGGGGCCACAUAUACUGGAUACUCGAGCCAGUUCUUUCCCUGGAACCAAAGCAUCGCGGAUCAUCGAUUCGAGAACAGCCCUGAGAUUUCUAUUAGAGCCCUAAACCUCACUUCCUCCGAGAAGCUUUUUAAUUUUGACAUUAGUCCGUCAGAUGAGAACAUAUUGAAGGUAAAGCAGAGCUUUAAGGCCAAGCACCGCCUGGGAUUCAUCAGGGCAUUCCAGCAGGGACCAUUCGCCUACCUGGCCAUGAACGUGGAACCCGCCCCCGCGGGGAAGGAGAACCUGCCCAGUAGUGCUUUAGCGCGGAUCUGCCUGAAGUCGGAGCCUAGAGCGGAGCCGCGCAAACUCACCGAGUCCUACAUCCAAUUAGGACUGCGCUGCGAGGGUCCAGGAGGGGCGCUGUUUGGUCGCCUGUUGUCAGUGUUCGCGGAGUCCGAGAGGAUAUUCGGUGUGUUUGAGGGGAAGAAAGAGGCGGCGCUUUGUACUUUCUCGCUCCGCGCUGUGGCCCAGGAGAUCCGCGGGGCGCGGAGGGGCUGCUUUGAGAGCCAGGUCGCCGAUAAAGUGACUGUUCUUCACAGUGUGGUGCAGGGGAAUGGCCCCAGCUGCGAAAGUGGCAGCGCCAAAGUCAAGCUGCAGGAGGAGCAGUUGGACUGUGGGGCGGCUCAUCUCCAACACCCGUUGUCCAUCAAACACCCUCUAUCCGCCACACCUCUCUUUCAAGGCCUGGGAUUGACUUCUGUGGCCGUGGCCAGUGUCAGUGGUUACACAGUGGCAUUCCUGGGGACUGUGAGUGGCCAUCUCAUGAAGAUUACCCUGAAUGCAGAUAUGGCAAUUAUCAGCAAACAAUCCAUUAUGAUUGCUAGGGGACAGCCGGUCCACAAUGUUAUGGAGUUUGAUCCCAUGGACCCCACGUACCUCUUCGUGAUGACAUCACAUCAGAUGGCACGAGUAAAAGUAGCAGAAUGUGACAAGUAUCAGAGUUGCACGGAGUGCCUUGCGGCAGCGGAUGCUUACUGUGGGUGGUGCACCCUGGAAGGAAGGUGCUCUCUCCAGAAGGAGUGUCAAGGUUCUGAGGAUUCUGCGUUCUGGAUGAGUCCCAGCGUGGGUCAAGCACACAUGUGCCCAGCAAUGAGCAGCAUUCCCAAUAAAACUGAUAUUUCCUCCAACACCCAGAGAAUCAUACUCCAGAUCACUGGAAAUCUCCCAAUGCUUCGGCAGAUGAAUGUGUCGUGUGACUACGGGAAUAAUAUCAUCACGCCUGCUGUUAUCUUCUCUGUUAAUGACCAGCAAUGGGGUCACUGCCCCUUCCUUCCCAGGGACAAAUUCCCAUCAUUCCCACCAAACCAAGAUUAUGUGACGGUCAGUAUGGCUCUGUCAGUUGGAGGGAACAGCAUCAUUCAGCACAAGUUCAUCGUCUAUGACUGCAACAGGACGCAAAACAUGCAUCCUAAGAAUGCGUGCAACAGUUGUGUGAAGUCUCGUUGGCCUUGCAGGUGGUGUGUGAGCCAACACCGGUGUGUUUCCAAUGCAUCAGAAUGUGACACCAUUGCACAGAACAGCACAGAUAGCUGUCCCAUGAUAAGAGCCACACGCCUGACUCCAACACCCACUGGAGUCACCAAGGAUUUCACACUAUCACUGCUCAACACAAAUGUUAUAGAGAGCCCGAAACUGGAAUGUGACUUUGGAACAGAACACACUUUCCCAGCCAAAUGGCUGAAUUCCUCCACCAUCGUGUGCAGCAAUAUACUGUUGCACACAUCUGAAAGAAGUCAGAGCUUCCCAAUCAACCUGCAGCUUGGUGACCAUAAGGGACUGUAUCUUGAUAAUCCUUCCAUGCUGUCUGUCGAAGUGUACAACUGUGCUUCCCAAACCCCAGAUUGCUCCAGCUGCUUAGGUCGUGCAGACCUGGGGCACCACUGCUCCUGGAGUGAAAGUAGUUUGUCUUGUCGGUUGAACAGUGAUAUACCAUCCUUUCCGAAAACAUACACCUGCCCUGCUCCUGAUAUAAGGAAGAUUGAUCCAGUCAGUGGACCCCUGCUGGGUGGUACUCUUCUUACUAUCCAAGGACGCAACCUCGGAAGCCGCUUCAGCGAUAUCAAUGGAAAAGUCAAGAUUGGAGAAAUAGAGUGCACCCCUAUUCCAGAGAAAUACAUAGUGUCUGAGGAGAUUGUGUGUGUGACUGGAGAUUCCCCCAGGCUGCUCACUGAUUGGGUGUCUGUAGAUGUAAAUGGAGGUGGCAGAUCCAAAGAGAAAUAUUCUUUCCAGGUGCCAGAGGUGGAAUAUUUCUCCCCAGAUUUUGGCCCUAAGGCAGGAGGAACCAGAGUAACCAUCUCUGGGACCAGGCUGAAUAUUGGCAGAGAUGUCCGAGUCCUAUUCAAUAAGACACAGGAAUGCAGAGACCUUGUGCGCACACAGAGCACAAUCCAGUGUACGGUUCCAGCCAUGGAAUUUCUCCCUGAUAUCAAGGUCAACAUCUGUGUCCAGUUUGAGAGAAAAUCUUGUGCAAAGGAAGAACUCUUUUUCAAGUACCAAGAGAACCCAAUGAUCAAGAGUAUGGAUCCAAGGAGCAGCCCAAUCAGUGGUGGCCGGAUCAUCACUUUGACCGGAGAAAGAUUCGACAUGGUGCAAUCUAUGAUGAUGGAAAUUCAGAAUGAGAAAGGGAGGCGAACAAACUGCACAGUCUUAGGCCCAACUAUAAUCACCUGCCCCUCCCCUACAGCCCCCAACAGCACGAUGGAGAACAAGAAUGUCACCCUGAACUUUUACAUUAAUGGGGUGCAAGUGGCUCGCGGGGAGGAUUUUUCUGACGAGGAAGACUUGCACAGCUUUAACCAUUUCAGCCUGGAGUAUCAGCCGGACCCUAUGUUCUACACAGCCAAGAAGGAAAAGCUGAUUAAGCAUCAUGUGGGGGAACCACUAACUCUGGUUAUACAUAAAGAGCCAGACAACCUCGGUUUGAGAGUAGAUGAAUAUCGGGUGAAGGUCGGACAGAUUCCAUGCGAGUCGAUCUUUAUCUUUAAUGACAAGGUCAUACACUGCAGCAUCAAUGAGUCUUUGAGCUCCUCUCAGCGCUAUCUACCUGUGACGAUACAAGUUGGCAAAUUCAAUCAGACUAUCACCACUCUGCACCUGGCCGGGAUAGACACGUCAAUCAUCAUCUCCAUAGUCAUCUGCAGUAUAUUGUUACUCCUCUCCGUGGUCGCUCUGUUUGUUUUCUGCACUAAGAGUCGUAGAGCUGAGCGCUAUUGGCAGAAAACUCUAGUUCAGAUGGAGGAGAUGGAAUCUCAGAUCCGAGAUGAAAUACGGAAAGGAUUUGCUGAGCUACAGACAGACAUGACAGACCUAACUAAGGAAUUAAAUCGCAGUCAGGGAAUCCCCUUCCUGGAAUACAAGCAUUUUGUCACACGCACCUUCUUUCCAAAGUGUUCAUCUCUGUAUGAAGAGCGCUAUAUCCUGCCCACACAGAACUUUAACACCCAGUUCGGGUUCCAGGUGCCAGAGACACACCCACUACUAUGUGAAGAGUGGAAGGUUCCGGAGAACUGCCGGACAAAUAUGGAGGAAGGAAUUACCCUACUGUCCACUCUGCUUAACAACAGGCACUUCCUGAUCACGUUCAUCCAUGCUGUAGAGUUUCAAAAAGACUUUGCUGUCCGAGACAGAUGCAACUUGGCUUCUCUGCUCACCAUUGCUCUUCACGGGAAGCUGGAGUAUUAUACAAGUAUUAUGAAGGAUCUUCUGGUGGAUCUCAUAGACUCUUCAGCCUCCAAAAACCCUAAACUCAUGCUGCGUAGGACUGAGUCUGUGGUCGAGAAGAUGCUCACCAACUGGAUGUCCAUCUGUAUGUACAGCUGUCUCAGGGAAACAGUGGGAGAGCCAUUUUUCUUACUGCUCUGUGCUAUAAAGCAGCAAAUCAAUAAAGGAUCCAUUGACGCCAUCACUGGGAAAGCGAGAUACACACUGAAUGAGGAGUGGCUGCUCAGAGAGAACAUUGAGGCCAAGGCUAUGAACGUCAAUGUGUCUUUCCAAGGCUGUUGCAUGGACUCCCUGAGCGUGCGUGUGUUGGACACAGACUCCGUAAGCCAGUGCAAGGAGAAGAUCCUGGAGGCUUUCUGCAAGAAUCUGCCCUACUCACAGUGGCCUAGAGUAGAGGAUGUGGAUUUGGAAUGGUUUGCCUCCAGCUCAAAGAGUUAUAUUCUGCGAAACCUUGAUGACUCAUCCCUCAUGGAAGAUGGGAAGAAGAAGCUGAAUACAUUAGCACACUACAAGGUCUGUGAUGCAGCCUCCUUGGCUAUGAGCCUGAAGGACAAACGAGAUGACACCUUGGGCAGAGUGAAGGAUUUGGACACCGAGAAGUAUUUUCAUUUAGUUCUCCCUACUGAUGACUUAGCAGAAACGAAAAGGUCUCACAGACAAAGCCACAGGAAGAAGGUUCUGCCUGAGAUCUACUUGACCCGGCUCCUGUCUACAAAGGGCACGCUACAGAAAUUCCUAGACGACCUGUUCAAAGCCAUCCUGAGCAUCCAUGAGGAUCGACCCCCACUAGCUAUCAAGUACUUCUUUGAUUUUCUGGAGGAGCAGGCUGAAAAGCGAGGCAUUUCUGACCCGGACACGCUACACAUCUGGAAAACAAACAGCCUUCCACUGCGAUUCUGGGUGAACAUCCUGAAGAACCCUGAGUUUGUGUUCGACAUGGAGAAAUCUGAUCAUAUGGAUGCCUGCCUGUCGGUCAUUGCUCAAGCAUUCAUUGAUGCCUGCUCCAUCUCUGAUAUGCAGCUAGGCAAGGAUUCUCCUACCAACAAGCUGCUGUAUGCAAAGGAGAUCCCAGAAUACCGGAAAAUUGUGCAGCGAUAUUACCAGAAGAUCAAGGAGAUGAGCCCACUGAGUGAGCAGGAAAUGAAUGCACAUCUUGCAGAAGAGUCGCGGAAAUAUCGGAAUAAAUUUAACACCAACGUUGCAAUGGCUGAAAUCUAUAAAUACGCCAAGAAAUACAGAACACAGAUUGUCACAGCUUUGGAAGCCAAUCCCAUCACAAAAAGAGGGCAACUGCAACAUAAAUUUGAUCAGGUGAUUGUUCUGAUGGAGGAUGAUAUUUACACAUGCUGCAGUGAGGCAUAAGGAAUAGGGAAAUAAGGAUCAACCUGUUCCCACUGAAAUCUUUCAAGGACAGCCCAAAUGCCUUCAGGAACCUGAAAUGAUCAAUGUUCUGUUCCUCUCAGCAUUUGAUUUAGGGAGCAUUCCUCUGAAGGGUGUUAGAGCCUGGAAGCAAGACCUUGGAUCAUGUUCUUAACAUCAACAUCCCACCAGGUCUGGACUGGGAGUAAAAAUAGGCCCUGCCAUUUCAAGUACAUAGAGGCCCAAACAGCCCUCAACCAGCCCACUAAAAAGUGACUUUCUAUGGCAUCGUACAGCAUCCCCUCUGGCAUUUGCCGCAGACCAGAGAGAAUCUUUUUUUCUCAAAGGAAUUCAUGUGCUGAUUUUAUCUGACACUAUGUGGAACAGGACUGCCAAGAGAAGUCACACACUGAAGGUUCUGGUAAAGCACAUGCUAAAGUACCUUCAUCAGGAUUGAGGACAUGAGCCACCAGCACUUCCUGAUUGCUUUCCAGCACUUCCUCCUUUCAGCCAUUGGUCAGGACAACCUGAACUCCAUCCUGAUGCAGUUUCUUCUCAGAUAAGCUGUUUUGUUGCCAAAUCAAAGUUAUUGUGUCAUCUUCAGGUUUCUGUUUAGUCAAGUAACCUUCCUCUGUUGCUCAAAAUGGGACCUUCACACUGAAUGAAUAGUGAGUUCAUUGUAUUGUAAAUAUAACAGAUGCCCUAUUUAAAGAUGUUAGAAUAAAAGUACCACAUCAGACUGUCUGGACACAGCACUGCAAAGGGUACAACCACUUCCUAGAACUAUCAUUACUGUAUCCAUCCUCAGACCGGCAUCCAUUGCAGAUACUUGAUAGCAUGUCACAGAUGGGCAGCACACCCAUGAACUGAGUGCCUUAUUGAUAGAAUUCUCAGGACUAAAAUAAGGGAUAUCUGGUGCUUUGUUCUAUAGAAGCUAAAGAACAAGACAAGGAACCAUACUCUGCUCUCUUGCUUAGCACUAUGUACAGGUACAGGAUCCAUUAUCCGGAAACUCGUUAUCCAGAAAGCUCCGAAUUACAGAAAGGCCAUCUCCCAUUGGGAUGAAUUUACUAAGCAGCAGCCAUCGCAAUACUUUGCCUGGCGAAAAUUCACUCACAAUGCUAAUUUACAAAAAUGCGAAGUUGCGUCCAGGGCGCCGAACGCUGGUGAAUUCUGCCUAUCGCAACUUUGGAGUGUGAAUCACUGCUAACGUCUAUCUUCUUUGCUAGCAAAGUGACGCCUGCGCCCGUUAGUAAAUCGGCGAAGUCCCUAAAAAAACGUUACGCUGGCGAGGAUAAACUGAGCAAUGGCCAAAACUUCAGGGCCACCAAUUUUAUUUUGGUCGAUAUUUUUCUGGUCAAAUCUGCUGCCUACUCCUUCCAAUGAUCCCAUAUCUGUGUUGACGAUUAUUAUUUUCAUUACAGAUGAAUAAUCUUUUUUUUUCUGCUUAUGCCAGGCAGCUAAAUAUUAAACAGGUUGUAGAAAGUCACUUCACAUGUUUAUAUCAGCAGCCUGGGACUAAGUGAUAUAUUAAAAGGAUAGCUGGCUAUCAACAACCUUAUUGCCAUAAUCAACUUUAGAGGAGAUCUUUAAAAAUAUUCUAUAAAAUAUAUAUAUAUAUAUAUAUAACCCAAAAAAAAAAAAACAAUCCAGACAUGAUAAAAUUAUGUGAAUAUCUGCUGAGCAGAGAUAUUACUUACAUAUGGAUCAAAAGACAAAAAGGAUUCUGGGAAACCUUGAUCAAAAAAGAUGGAUGACACUGGAGAUUUUAGGUUUUGAAAGAUUUUAUUUUUGGCCACUGUCCUCCCAGAGAAGUUUGUGCUUUUGGACAAUCUCACCAAGAACUUUCCCUGUUGGACAGUUUCACAGACUGAAAUUCAGACCAAAACCCAGUUGCCACCUCCUCUGUGCGACCCCCAGGCAGAGGAGACUGUCUGAAAGUGUAAAUCGCUAAAGUCUUAUUUCUAUUGUGAAAUCCUUUUAAUUGAAUCUUUGUAAUAAAAAUGAAUAUUUAUAGCCUUA